AUGACAAUCAAAAAUGCGGCGGUGUGUUUCGUGCUGUACCUUUACAUCAGUUCUUGCGAAUCAAACUCCUGUUCAUCAAAUGAAGAUGAUACUUUUGCACAAGAAGUCUACGAUGACUUAAUUGGUGAUCGCUGCAACGUAUGCGUCGGGAGACCGUACCCGAAAAGACGCUCCGAAUACAAAUACAAGCCACAUGAAAACGACUCAGAUUAUAAAGGAGACUGUAAUUCAGAAAAACCAAAAAAAGACCACGAAUAUGAACCAAAAGAUGAAGAUGAGCAUGAAGAAGAAGACAAUUAUAAACAUGAACCAAAAAAUAAAAAUGAAGAAGAACAUGAAGAUGAAGAUAGAGAACAUGAAGAUGAAGAUACAGACAAGAACGAACCUAAAUAUGAAGAUGAGAAAGAACCAGAGAAAGAAAAUAAUUACAAACCAGAAAAUAAAUAUGAAUAUGAAUCAAAACCUAACGAUGAUAAAGAAUUGGAAGAUAGAGACGAGCAUAAGCGUAAAGAUGACGAAGAAGACGAAGAUGAUGAUGAUGAUGAUGAAGAUGAUGGCGAAUAUUGCGAAGACUGUGACUCCGAAUAA